AUGGGGGCCAUUGACAGGACACUCUGCUUUCUAUUUCUCAUAGGAUCAUUAAUAUCCUCAGGAUGGAGCUAUCCCACAAGUAAUAUUCCAGAUAUUUUCCUUGUGCGCCUGGUGGGAGGCUGGGACAGAUGUUCUGGACGUGUGGAGAUUAAUUAUAACAAAUCCUGGGGCUCAGUAUGUGAUGAUUACUGGAGCAUCCAAAGUGCAGCUAUAGUAUGCAAACAGCUGAAUUGUGGAUAUGCUCUUGAAGCUUUACAUAAUGCAUAUUUUGAAAAGGGUUCUGGAAACAUCUUGAUGGAUGAUGUGAAGUGCUCUGGAAGUGAGCAAGCCCUUUCACAAUGCUCUCAUAGAGGAUGGGGUGUUCAUGACUGCAGGCCGCAUGAGGAUGCUGGUAUCAUUUGCUCAGACACUAACUAA